AUGUCUGUGCCAAAUUCUAUCACCGCCACUGAAUUUCAAGGUGGACCUCCUCAAGGAUUGAGCAUCCCCUUCCGACUUCGAUGGUCAAAAACACAUCCUCCAAAGGACCCAAUCGUGACCUUCAAGGGCAGAACGGUGCUUGUGACUGGCGCCAACACGGGAUUAGGAUUCGAAGCGGCAGUCAAGUACGCUGCAUUUGGCGCGGCUAAGAUCAUCCUCGCCGUCCGUUCCAUUGAAAAGGGCGAGGAGGCCAAGAGGCGCAUCGUCGAGCGGACUGGUCGGGAUGCCACUGACAUCUCCGUUCUGAAGCUCGACCUGGGGGAAUACUCAUCGGUCAAGGAUUUCGUCAGCGCCUUGCACGAGGUCACGCCCAAGCUAGACGUCGCAUUACUCAACGCCGGCCUCGGAAACCCAACAUACGAAAAGUCGUCGGCGGGGUGGGAGAUGGCCGUACAGGUCAACGUCCUUUCCACGGCCCUCUUGGCCAUCCUGCUGCUGCCUCUACUUCGAUCCUCUGCUGCAGCCUCAGGAGCAAAGUCGCACUUGACUUUUGUGAACAGCUUCGCGCACAGCUUGGUCCCCCGGGACUUUCCGUUUAUCGAAGGGAGCAUCCUCAAGACGGCCACCGACGAGAGCAGCUGGAACGCCUCCAGCAGUUAUAACCUUGUGAAGCUACUCGCAAUGGCCGCCGUGCAAGGGGUUGCACGGAUGGAGGCUGCCGAGGAACAACAGCGAGUCAUUGUGAAUUCCGUCUGUCCCGACCUGUGCCAGACGGAUCUAGGUCGCAAGUUCACCGGCUUCAUCUCAAGCAUCGGGAAAGCCAUCUUCCAUUAUCUCUUUGCCCUCACUGCCGAGGAGGGUGCACGAUGCCUGGUCAGUGCAACGGCUUUGGGGAUUGAGAGUCACGGCCGGUUUUGGCAUCACGAAUUCCUAUAUCCAGUCGGUGAGCUCGCCCAAGACCAGGCUCUCAUGAAAAAGACGUGGAACGAGAUUGUAGAGGCGUAUCCAAACAGUCCGUUUUGUCUCAACGCAUUCGGCACCGAAUACGUAGUCCUGCCAUCAAAGUGCUUUGACGAGGUCAAACGCCUUCCAGAGCAUCAGGCUUCUGCCUUUGCUUUUUUCAAGGAAGCUUUCCAUGGCGCGUGGACUGGCACUGGGGUGCAAACGCCAGAAUUGGGCAGGAUGACGCAAAGAAAGAUCAAGGGCAUGCUGAGGCCAGUCCUCGAAAAUGAUAUUAGAGAGUAUGAGACCAGCACCGACAAGAAGAACCUGCUCAGUCCCAAAGAGCAAGGCAAGGUGCAGCUUACUGGCUGGCUGCUCUCACGCUACAAGGGCAAGCUGAACUUUGAAGUUCUUCUUCAGGAUUUUAUCACCGUCUUGUUCGAGUCUACCCCUUCGACGGCCUCGACCCUGUUUCAUAUCGUAUGCGAACUGGCUGCAAAUCCAGCGCUUCAGGAUAUGUUGAGACAGGAGCUGGAAGAGCAUACGGAUCAUGGCAACUUGCCCCAGACUCACCUCAACGAACUGCGCAAGAUGGACAGUGUCAUGCGGGAGUCAGCUCGUGCCAAUCCGUUCAGCUACUUGGUGCUUUACCGCAAGCUCUCAACACCUACCACGCUCUCCAUGGGCCCGGAGCUGCCCGCUGGCACAAACAUUUGCGUGGACGCUCACCACAUCAACACUUCGCCAGACUUGUGGGACCAACCACGAGAGUUUGACGGGUUGAGACACUACAGGGCGCGCCAGCAGCCGCAAAACGAGAACCGCUACAAGUUUGCCAAUCUGGGAUCCGACGCUCCCGGCUGGGGCGACGGACUCCAGGCUUGCCCCGGGCGCAUGUUUGCCGACAACACCAUCAAGAUCAUCUUGGCACAUCUCCUGCUCAACUAUGACGUGAAGCUGAGGCCCGGGGAGUCCAAGCCCGAAAAGGGGGCCAUGCCCAAUGGGUCCAUCGUGCCCGACGUGUGGGCAAAGGUUCUUUUCCGGUCGAGAGUAGGCUCUGCCGUGAACGAGGGGGAAAAAUAG